AUGACGGCAGUACGUUUGUUUCUUGGUUUGACGGUUUUGCUCUUCUGCCUUGCUGAGGUUUCAUCUGAUCUCAAGAUGGACACCGAAAUGCUCCAUGCUGGCCAGCUUCUUGUGAGGGGUGGAAACAGGAGGCUCAUGCAAGACAUAGACUGUGGGGGGUUAUGCAAGCAGAGGUGCAGUCUUCACUCGAGGCCUAAUGUGUGCACGAGGGCAUGUGGCACCUGCUGUGUGAGGUGCAAGUGCGUGCCUCCUGGGACCUCGGGGAACAGAGAAGUAUGUGGAACAUGCUAUACUGACAUGACCACCCAUGGGAACAAGACCAAGUGCCCAUAG